AUGGGGCCCAUCACGGAGGAGCUGAUUCAGGGCCUCUCAUUGGUGGUGCUCACGGAGACGAGCCAAGCAGAGCUCCUCAGGUGCAACGCGCUCUGCCGCGCUCGAAAUCCAGCCGUCGGCUUCAUUGCCGCGGAUUGCUUUGGGCUCGCGGCCUCAGUGUUCGUGGACUUCGGGGACAGCUUCAUGUGCCAUGACAAGGACGGUGAGGAGCCAAGGAGCGCCAUAGUCAACGGCAUCACCUUGGAGAGCCCCGGCACGGUGCAUACGCACCAAGACAAGCGCCACGGCUUCCAAGACGGCGACUGGGUGGUCUUUCGAGAAGUCCAAGGCAUGACGCAGCUGAACGAUGGCAAGCCCCGGCAGAUCAAGGUGACAGGACCUUACUCCUUCACGAUCGAGGACACGUCUGGGUACAGUGCUUACGUGUCCGAUGGCGUCGUGACCCAGUCCAAGGUCCCUCACCCGAUCCAGUUCUUCUCUUACCAGCAAUCCCUGGCACAGCCAAAGCAUGCAGGCGAAGAGAUGCAUGUGCCCGACAUGGCCAAGUUCGGGCGCUCCGAGCAGCUGCACUUUGCCGUGCAGGCAGUGAUGGCCUAUAGGGAAAAGCACGGGGCGCUGCCGCCCGUGCGAGAUGCGGCGGCUGCGCAGGAAUGCGUGGACUUGGCGAAGGAAAUCAAUGCAGCAAGGACCAAGGAAGGUGAUCCUGCUCUUUGCGUAGACGAGGUGGAGGUGGAGGUAGUGAAGAAGGUGGCGAUGUUCUCGCGGUGCAUGAUUUGCCCCAUGAGCGCCUUCCUGGGCGGAGUGGUCGCCCAAGAGGUGGUGAAGUUCACGGGGAAGUUCACCCCGCUGCACCAGUUCUUGUACUUCGACAUGUUUGAGCUCUGCCCCGAGCAAGAUCCCAGUGACUGGCAGCCGGCGGCUACACGCUACGAUGACCAGAUCGCUAUCCUGGGUAAGUCCAUGCAGCAGGCGAUUGCAAACAUGAAGAUCUUCCUCGUUGGAGCAGGUGCCCUUGGCUGCGAGUUCCUGAAGAGCUUUGCCAUGAUGGGCGCUGGCUGCGGGGACGGCAAGCUGACGGUGACCGAUAUGGACCGAAUUGAGAUCUCGAACUUGAACCGGCAGUUCUUGUUCCGCCAGUCUGACGUGGGCAGCUCAAAGUCCCACUCCGCAGCGCGGGCGGCCAAGGCGAUGAACAAAGACCUGAAGGUCUCUGCUAUGGAGGUCCGUGUUGGCCCCGACACGGAAGACACCUUCGACGACGCCUUUUGGGAGGGCCUGGACUGCGUAGUCAAUGCCCUGGACAACAUUCAGGCGCGCUUGUACGUGGACUCGCGCUGCGUUUGGUUCAGCAAGCCUCUGCUGGAGUCCGGCACGCUGGGCACGAAGGCCAACGUGCAGGUGGUCUUGCCAAAGCUGACUCAGUCCUACGGGGACUCGCAAGACCCACCGGAGGAGUCGAUCCCCUUGUGCACGGUCAAGCACUUCCCCAAUGCCAUUGAGCACACCAUCGAGUGGUCUCGUGAAGCCUUCGAGACGAUGUUCGUGGAGGCUCCUCGGGAGGGCAACACCUUCAUGAACGACACCGCGGCGUACCUGCAGAAGCUGCCCACCACGGGGUCCGGCACCUCGCAGCUGCAGCGCCUGAAGUCCAUCAAGCGAAUGAUGGAGAAGCGCGCGGACGGUGCCUUCGACGCUUGCGUGGAGUAUGCGGUGCAGGAGUUCCAGGAGAAGUUUCAUGACUCCAUUGUGCAGCUGCUCUACACCUUUCCAUUGGAGCACGUCACCUCUGAGGGAGCCAAGUUCUGGAGCGGACCGAAGCGGCCCCCCGCGCCCAUCAAGUUCGACCUGAAAGAUGAGCUGCACAUAGACUUCGUCAUGGCGGCGGCGAAUCUCUAUGCAGCCAUCUUGGGUCUCACCCAGAACCGCGACCGCGGUCAAGUGACUCAGAUGGCCGCGGCAGUCAAGGUCCAGGAGUUUAAGCCUCGGGAGAUGAAGAUCAAGGUGGACGACAAGGAUACCACCGGUGAGGGCUGUAUGGACGACGACGAGGCGGCGCGGCGCCUGAUGGCGGAGAUGGCCGAGAAGGGCAAGGCCGCCAAGUCCAAAGCAGACCUGCAGCCGGCCGAGUUCGAGAAGGACGAUGACUCCAACUUCCACAUUCAAUUCAUCGCCGCUGCUGCGAACUUGCGAGCGCGCAAUUACAAGAUCCCGGAGGCUGACUUUCAUAAGGUGAAGAUGACGGCGGGCAAGAUCAUCCCGGCCAUCGCCACCACCACCGCCAUGGCCACUGGCUUGGUCAGCGCCGAGCUUCUGAAGAUCGCCAACCUGCAAGCACGCAAGUUGGAAGACUUCAAGAAUGCCUUUGUGACCCUGGCGCUGCCGCUGUGGGUCUUGUCUGAGCCGUUGCCCCCAGUGAAGACGGUGAGCAAGGACCACGACCCCAUCAUCAUGGGCCCCGUCAAGGCAAAGCCUGAAGGCUUCACGACCUGGGACAAGGUGGAGUGUCGCUUGGGGGAUGCCACUCUGCAAGCCUUCCUGGACUUCCUCACGGAUGAGGUGGGAGUCGAGGUAAUGAUCAUGUCCUCCGGCAACGCGUGCCUCUACAAUGCGUACGUCCCCGCGCACAAGAAGCGGCUCAAGGAGAAGAUCACGGACCUCUGGGAGACGAUCACCAAGCAGAAACUCUCGGCCAAGAGGACCUACCUCACUCUCGAGGUGUCGGCCUCCGAUAUUGACGAUGGCGUGGACGUGGUGAUUCCCAGCGUGAAGUUCCAGUUCAGGUAA